AUGUUGCCUUACCACCCUAACCCUCACGGCUUCUGGAUCUCCCGAGAACCACCCGCGCAGGUGCCAAACCCUGCCAGCGGCUUCGCCGUGGCGCCUCCCGCGCAUCUGGACCAUCAGAUUCAGCACUACGACCACUUCUUCCCCGGCCACGGCAACCAGUUCAACUCCGAGACGCUGGAAGCGGUGCUCAUGAGGCCGCGUCCGCCGGCUCCUCCUCCGGCGGAGAUGCCGCCGGCUAACGAGGCAAGAACCGGCGCAGUGCAGGCCGCCGGCACCGGACACGCCAGGGCGAGGAAGCGGCCUUUCAGGACGGACCGGCACAGCAAGAUCCGGACGGCACAGGGCGUCCGGGACCGCCGGAUGCGGCUCUCCCUGGACGUCGCGCGUGACUUCUUCGCGCUGCAGGACCAGCUCGGCUUCGACAAGGCCAGCAAGACGGUGGACUGGCUGCUCACCCAGUCCAAGCCAGCCAUCGACCGCCUAUCCGAGUCCUCUCGGCUCAACGCCGCUAGAGCGGGAGAAGAUGGCAUGUCGUCGCUAUCAUCGGUGGAGCGUGAAGGCCGCCGGCUCAAGGAGACGGAGCUGGCUACCGGGUCGGGAAAGGGGGCAGCGGAUGUGGAGAAGGCGAUGAGGGCGAGGGGUGGUGGAACGUCGGUGCUCAUGGAGCACAGACGCGAGAUGAACGGCGGCCUCAUGUCGGCUUCGAUGACUGGUGGGGAGUACUACUACGACCUCGGCGAGAUGAUGUGCAUCAACGCAGGAGAAUGCGAUGACGAUGGCGAGUACGACGAAGACGGUGAUUUCUUGGACGGUAUGCAAUACUAG